AGACAAUGAAUCGAUGCGCAAGUUUCGAUUAGGCCGGUGGUUAACCAGCUUUAGCCUCUAAAGUCGAUUCUGUGAUAACGGACGAAAGGAUAGCCAAUACGGUAACUGGCAGAUACGAUUGUCGCUCACAUGAGAUGAUGGCCUUAUCGUAGAUUGGAGCGAAUACCCGAUGCCUUUUUUAACGCGAGCAUGUGAACGGAUCUCGAGACUCGAAUUUUCGAUUCGGAGCAUCUAGUGUGAGAGUUAACGUACUCAGCAGGGAUAAUUACGGAGGUGGAAUUUUAUUUUCGACCGAAGGAUCGUGUGGUUGUUUACGCGAGGCUUUUUAUGAACGUGUGUUUCGUUCGUCAGCGCUCGUCGUUUCGCUGAUCGUUCAGUUGUGCCUGGCUUUCUUGCCUGCUGCCGCGAAUGUGGAUACUUCACGGUGCGCUGUGCUGCUGCUGCCGCCGCUGUGCGUUUCAUGUCCUCACCACGGCUGGUCACCUCCGGAUUCUGACGAGAUUUCCACAUUUCUAAACGGUUUGGAAUUGGUUCGUUAUUGUGCCAGGCCCCGCCGUGAUUGUCACUUGAUAGCAACACCCGAGGCGCCAAAGCUGUCCGCAUCGGCGCUUUCUUCAGCCCAAGUGGUAUCAAUGUUGUCUGGCAAUGGUGUGUAAGGAGAACGUGGUAUCAUGGUUUGGGAAUCUGUCCAGUUAUAAACGUAUCGAUGUCAUGUGCACGUUAUUAAAUAUGUGCCUGCCAUUUGAAGUACGAUACCUUGGCACUUGUGUCGAGGAUAUUGGUAAGCGGGACUACAAUGACCUUCGUGACACGGAACAUCAUGCAAACAGUGCCUCCGAUCUUACUGAGCUGACGACCUUAGGGGUGGCAGAUAAACGUACACGAAGGAAACUUGCUCUUUACAUGGCAUUAUUACAUUCUUGUAAUUAUGCAUGUGCAGUAAUCUUGUACAAGAAUCUAUCAAAUUUUGACUAUCAAGAGAUCUCAAAUCUAUUAAAUGGGACCACCUUCACACCAGAUGACCAACCUUUAGAAGAGCUGCUCUUAUUGUACACAAUGGCUUUAAAUCACCCAGCGUUUACAUAUGAGCAGAAGAGUGUCUUUGGCAAUAUUUAUAUAAAACUUCAAGAGGAGGAAGCUCGCUUGAAUCUGUCAAAGUCAAACGCAUCUUACAAACAGACACAAGGUUGCACACCGUGUAUGAAUACAAAUGAAAGGUUAAUGGAUACUGAAAUGCAGGGCAAUUGUUUAAUGGCACCUCCUCCGAUGCAGACUUACCAUGGAGAAAUGGCAAUGAGAAAUAAUACUAUGGUAACUGGUGUUCCUCCUGGUCUUUCGAUGCCUCCUCCUGGACUAUGUUUAUCAGCACCGGAACAAAUGCCGAUAGGAUCGGGUGGUGGAACACCAUACCUUCAUCUUGGCUUCUCAUCAGUAAAUCAUAUGCCACCAUGGACAGGUCAGGUUAUGAUGGGGAAUCAACUGAUGUAUCACACUGGCGAUAUGUUGGCUUAUCCACCUUCCCCCUUAGUCAGCCGUCAAUCGUCGCCAUCCCAGUCACGAUCUCCUAGCCGCAGUAAUUCCCCAAUGGGUCGCAGGAAUAACACAAUGCCGCGUACUUCGUCACAAGUGACUCAGUCUACUUCGAACACCUUAACAACGUCAACGAGUGCCUCUAACAGUCAGACAAGCAUCGCAAGUUCAAAUGCCAAUUCUCUUCCCCCACUUCCUACACUUGGUACGAGUAGGAGUCAUCCUGGACAACCUCCAUUGCUUCCAUCACGCUCUGUUCCUUUACCUAUCAGCAGUUCUACAACUUUUUCGCGGCAUAAUAGCAUAGAGAAUACUCCUUCUACCUUAAUUCCGGCAGCACCACAAUCUAAACAACCACCACCACCACCACGAUUGCGGUCCUCAACUUCUGGUGACUCUUUACGAGAAACGCUAGGGAAGGAGAUGCCAAAUUUCAAAGGCAACUUACAGAAUUUUUCACUCGAUGAGAUUCGGAGGAUGAGCGACGAAGAUUUAAGGGAUAUAGGAUUAACACCAAAUGCAGUUGGGCAAUUACGAAGUAUAGUUAAGAGUCAAACGACUAACGGUUUAAACCAAAUUAAUAGCGAGAAAAAAUUGGACAAUACUACUAACACGGGUCAUGCAGUUGUAGAACCAAUUGAAAAUGAGGCUAUACCGGGGAUGGAGAUGUUAAAUGAUAAUGGAAAUCAAAGCAGUAAGUCAAUGCCAUUACAGGAACAACAUCCAGCGAUGCAUCAUCAUCAUAAUCACGCAGCUACUCCUAAUUUACGGCGAUAUCCUAAUAUGCCACCAUUAGAUCCCGCGCAAAUACAAAUGUAUCCUGCACCGCCACCAAUGUAUGCUACACAGAACGCACCAUGUUAUGCCUGUCUUACGUUACCUGUUGCUGGGGUACAAAAUCGAUAUCCAAGGUGCAAUGCUCAACAUGUGUAUUGUUUGACGCAAUUUCAAGCCUUGAGGUUAGACCCUGAGAGCAGUAGGCACUGUUCGCAAAGCAGUAGUUCCGAUAGUACUGGUAGCAGGUCUCCGCCGGAAACACCUCCAGCAGCCCCGUGGGUGAGCGAGAGCAACGCACCACCAGUUACCGAUCACCUUAACUCAGCAUCGGCGCACUCUACGAGCGCAGUGUCACAUCCAGCACCUCAACAGCCUAUACAAUCGAUACCGGAGAGGCAACGUCCUAGAAAAAAUCAGGCGCAUGUGAUGCGUCAUAAAAAUCAAAUGGUGAACGGCGGUGGAGCACCGAAUUUAUCGCAAUGCGUUUCCUUUCCCGCGCCACCAACGCAAUCGCAGGUCACGUAUCUGCCGCAUGGUCAUUUCUCAACUUUGAGACCCAGCAGUGGUAUUUAUUCUAACUUCUCACAUGGACCGUAUGCAAGACCAGCUUAUCCGACCACGUAUCAACCGAACGGUGAAAUGAUGUACCAGUAUCCUGGGCAUCCAUCUUCAGGAGGAACACCCCCACCGCCACCGAACGCUGCCGCAACACCCGUACAAGCACCAUACAUGCCUCCUACUCCGGUUGUUACGUACGCGCCAGCUGCUGUCCCACCAACGAAAAUCUCGUGUUAUAAUUGUGGCAGUAGCAAUCAUCUCGCAGUCGAUUGUAAGGAUCAAACGAUGGAAGAUCUUACGAAGAAAGCUCAGUACCGCCUAGACUACAGUAUAAUGAAACAACCUGGAGAGUGCCCAAGUUCUGACAAGUGAUCCCCUGCCACGGACCACCCAGCAAUUUACCAUUAUCAUCACUACCAUAAUUACUGUUACCAUCACUGUCAUUAUCAUUCCCAUUACCACUAUUACCAUGACCCCACGACAGCAAUACAACUUAAGGACCGUUCAAAAGAUGACUGCUAUCGCUCCUUGUGCAAGUUUUCGGUGAUUUUUGUAGACAUCCCUUAUAUUCAGGACGACGAUUUUUUAACUGAGGAUGUUUCACAGUUCACGGUACCAGGUAUACUUUUUACGAGAUCUUAUUUAUGAUAGUAAUUAUUCUUAACUAUGAUUGUAAAAAGAUGUAGCGUCGUGUACAAAGGGAAAAGAACUAAAGGAAGCAUAACGCAGAGUCCAGGUGUUCUCAUCUAUGUUGUUAGAAUACAUUUUGAACGAUUUGUGUUAGA